UCCCAGGUGACAUCCCAGGAACUUGCCACAUAAGCCAGUAGUAGGUCUGAUCCUAAGAGCGUGAGUCUCUCUCCCACCUGUGCACAUGGAGAUGGAGGCACCUGUGCAGAGGUGUGGCUCCACUGGUCUCCUCCCCUGAGGGACAGCAGGUCCUGGGGGUGGGGGGUGCCCAUUUCCCCGGAGGCCACUCCACUUCAUUAUUCUAAAGCCUUUUCCUUAUCUGUGCUUGUGGCCCGGGCCAGGCCCGCAGCAGGGAGUCGCCAGGGAGGGGGAGGAGAGGGGAAAGAAGGAGGCAGGGCGGGGGCUGCUCCCUCCUGGCCCCCGGGCCCCUCCCUGCGGCCUGGGAAAAGGCAGCAUAUUGAGGCGCGGGGCUCCCAAAAUCAGGCCCCGGGAUGCUAAUGAGGGCGAGCGCGUUCCCACAGCCCGGACAUUGUGCCGCGCGGCCCACCUGCUCCUCGGGGAGCGCCCAUUGUGCCCGCGCCAAUUCACAGGCAAUUUAGCGUGCGCUAAUGGGCCGGCGCCUUUGUGCGGCCCGCGCCGCCAUUGGCCGCCGAGUGUGGGAACGGCCGCGGCGCCCGGGCCCCAGGCGCCAGCCCGCCGCCCGCGCCUAUAUAGGGGCCGGGCCGCAGCGCCCGGACGCGCCUGGCCGCCCGCCCGCUCCCGGCUCGCCGAUCGCCUCUCCGCGCAGACAUGGCCCCCAGCACCGUGGCGGUGGAGCUGCUCAGUCCCAAAGAGAAAAACCGACUGCGGAAGCCCGUGGUGGAGAAGAUGCGCCGCGACCGGAUCAACAGCAGCAUCGAGCAGCUGAAGCUGCUGCUGGAGCAGGAGUUCGCGCGGCACCAGCCCAACUCCAAGCUGGAGAAGGCCGACAUCCUGGAGAUGGCUGUCAGCUACCUAAAGCACAGCAAGGCCUUCGCCGCCACCGCGGGCCCCAAGAACCUGCACCAGGACUACAGCGAGGGCUACUCUUGGUGCCUGCAGGAGGCCGUGCAGUUCCUGACGCUGCACGCGGCCAGCGACACGCAGAUGAAGCUGCUCUACCACUUCCAGCGACCCCCGGCCCCGCCCGACGCCCCCACCAAGGAGCCCAAGGCACCCGCACCGGCGCCCGCCCAGGCCAAGGCCAACGCGGCUGCCCGCCAGCCCCCCUGCGGCCUCUGGCGGCCCUGGUGACCCGGCCGGAUGUGCUGCUGCCGCCCCAGGACCAGAGGGCCAGCCGUUCUUGUGACGUAGGGAAGAGCCUUCCCAAGCGUCGGUCCCACCCCAGGCUUGGACAGGCCCUUCCCUCCGAAGGCCAGCAGGAGGGUCAUUCUCAGAGAAUGCGUGCAGAGUCCUCGUCAUUUAGGACAAUCAGGGCCCACCUUCUGCCGAGCGUCUGACCCCAUGGGGUUGUUCUGUGUUUGCAUUUCAGCAAGUGACUUCUGGGAAGUCCCCUCUGCCCGGGGUUCUAUGACAUUUGUAGGCGCUGGGGGCUUGGUGCCCCUGCGUGUAGAGGACUUUCUUCAGGGCCCGUGCUGCUGGGCCGGUGGGCCUGGCAGGCGGGCGUGCCUUGCGUGGGCACAUUUGCCUUUUGUGAAGGCGGAACUCAAGGUGCAUCCUCAUAGGAAAGAGCGUCAGCCUGGAUGGGCGCGUGAGGACCACGCGGAGCCGAGGCCGAAAGGCUGCUUGCUGCGUGGGCUUGGUUGUCUGGUUGGGGCUCCCAGUGGGCUGUGGGAAGGGUGGGCGUCUCCACCAUGAUCCUUAAAGGAUUCCCGUGUGGGUGGGUGCGUGGGUUUGACUUUGUACUCAGAAUCUGAUCUCUGUCACGUGGGAGCCACGGGACUGCCCUGCAGACUUCCAAUAAAAUCUGAGUA